AUGUCGCGCGCGGGCCCUCACCAACAGUGCGACCCUGCCAAAUGUCGCGCGCACUGUGCUCCAAUUACAUUGGGGAUUCUCACUCGUCCUGUUUUACGUACUGCUGCUCGUUCUGCUGCUAUCGCUUCUAGAUCCUUGCGUGUUGCUCGUCCAGCUGCUGUUUCUGCUGUUCGUUUCGCUUCCGCCAAAGCUGCUCCAACUGAAGUUUCUUCUAUCUUAGAAGAAAAAAUCAGAGGUGUCUCUGGUGAAGCCAACUUAAACGAAACCGGUAAGGUUUUAUCCAUUGGUGAUGGUAUUGCCCGUGUUUUCGGUUUAAACAAUGUCCAAGCCGGUGAAUUGGUUGAAUUCUCCUCGGGUGUUAGAGGUAUGACCCUUAACUUGGAAGCUGGUCAAGUUGGUGUUGUCUUAUUAGGUUCCGAUGCUUUAGUCAAAGAAGGUGAAGCCGUUAAAAGAUCUGGUAAAAUUGUUGAAGUUCCAACUGGUCCAGAAUUAUUGGGUCGUGUUGUUGAUGGUUUAGGUAACCCAAUUGACGGUAAAGGACCAUUAAAUAACUCUUCUACUUCUCAAGCUGAAGUUAAAGCUCCAGGUAUUUUACCAAGAAGAUCUGUUCACGAACCAAUGCAAACUGGUUUGAAAUCCGUUGAUGCUUUAGUCCCAGUUGGUAGAGGUCAAAGAGAAUUGAUUAUUGGUGAUCGUCAAACCGGUAAAACUGCCGUUGCUUUAGAUACCAUUUUAAAUCAAAAAAGAUGGAAUAACGGUUCUGAUGAAUCCAAAAAAUUAUACUGUGUUUACGUUGCCGUUGGUCAAAAAAGAUCCACCGUUGCUCAAUUAGUUCAAACUUUGGAACAAAAUGAUGCUUUGAAAUAUUCUAUUGUUGUUGCCGCUACUGCUUCUGAAGCUGCUCCAUUACAAUAUUUAGCUCCUUUCACCGGUUGUGCUAUUGGUGAAUGGUUUAGAGAUAAUGGUCGUCAUGCUUUAAUCAUCUAUGAUGAUUUAUCUAAACAAGCUGUUGCUUACCGUCAAUUAUCUUUAUUAUUAAGACGUCCUCCUGGUCGUGAAGCUUACCCUGGUGAUGUUUUCUACUUACAUUCUCGUUUAUUAGAAAGAGCCGCUAAAAUGUCUGAAGCUAACGGUGCUGGUUCUUUAACUGCUUUACCAAUCAUUGAAACUCAAGGUGGUGAUGUUUCUGCUUAUAUCCCAACCAAUGUUAUUUCUAUUACUGAUGGUCAAAUUUUCUUGGAAGCUGAAUUAUUCUAUAAAGGUAUUAGACCAGCUAUUAACGUUGGUUUAUCCGUUUCUCGUGUCGGUUCUGCUGCUCAAGUUAAAGCUAUGAAACAAGUUGCUGGUUCUUUGAAAUUGUUCUUGGCUCAAUACAGAGAAGUUGCCGCUUUUGCUCAAUUCGGUUCUGAUUUAGAUGCUUCUACUAAACAAACUUUAUCUAGAGGUGAAAGAUUAACCCAAAUCUUGAAACAAAAACAAGCUUCUCCUUUAGCUGCUGAAGAACAAGUUCCAAUCAUUUACGCCGGUGUUAACGGUUUCUUGGAUAACGUUCCUGUUGAAAAAGUUGGUGAUUUCGAAGAAGCUUUCUUAUCUUCCUUAAAAUCUAAUGAACCAGAAAUCUUAGAUGCUAUUAGAACUAAAGGUGAAUUAUCUAAAGAAGAAUUAGAAAAAUUAAAGAAAGCUACUGAAUCUUUCUCUGCUUCUUUCUAAAGUUUAUUACGAGACC